AUGACGCCUAAACGCCCUGCCCCACCGGAGGAGGAAGAGGAAGAAAUUUCCCUCCUUGAGCCCCGCGCGAAACCUGUGUCGGUAAUGCGGCCUCCGCCCGCUGAAGAACCUUCAGGUCCUAAGCCACGUCUUGUGAUACACAAGAUGGUACUCGUUAAUUUCAAGAGUUACGCGGGCAGACAAGAGAUCGGGCCAUUCCACAAGUCUUUUUCGUCCAUCGUAGGCCCCAAUGGAUCCGGGAAAUCUAACACGAUUGAUGCGCUCCUUUUUGUGUUUGGUUACCGCGCGUCGAAGAUGCGCCAGGGGAAGCUCUCGGAGCUGAUCCACAAUUCUGCACGGUAUCCUGACUUGGAUGAGUGCAGCGUAGAAGUUCAUUUCCGCGAGAUCGUCGACCUCCCUGGACCCGACGCAUAUAGUGUCGUCCCGAACUCCUCACUCGUCGUCGCUCGCACAGCAACCAAAUCCAAUAAUUCUCGGUAUACGCUCAACUCACGACCGUCCACUUAUACUGAGGUCCAAACACUUCUUCAGGGGCGUGGGAUUGACCUCACGCACAAGCGUUUCCUUAUUCUGCAGGGCGAAGUUGAAUCUAUCGCGCAGAUGAAGCCUAAAGGUAAUUCUGAGCAUGAUGAUGGAUUACUUGAAUAUCUAGAGGACAUUAUCGGUACUGCUGCGCUCAAAGCACCAAUCGAGUCUGCUCUUGCCGAGGUGGAUCGACUAGGAGAGGAGAGAACCGAGAAGGUGGCUAGAUUGAGGAUCGUGGAGAAGGAGAAGGCGAAAUUGGAUGCAGAGAGGAAGGAAGCGUUGGCAUGGCUGAAGCUUGCGAACGAGCAUGUGCGGGCUCUCAGCCGGCUGUGGCAGUAUUAUUUGUGGAAAUGUUUAGAGAAUGAUGAACAAUUCGCCGCGCAAAUUGAACAUUUGGAGAAGGAGCUUGAAGAUGAGAGGGAACGCAACAAGGAUGACAUCACUCAUUUAGAAUUGCUUGAGAAGCAUUACAAGGAACGCGAGAAGGCUUACGAGGAAGUGAAAGCAGCAGCAGAGGAAGCGGCGAAGGACAACGCGGCACGCGAGAAGCAGUCCGUGAGCCUUGAGGAACGCCGGAAGCAUGCAAGCGCGAAGGCGAAAAAGCUGAAGAAGGCGUUGGCAGACGAUGAACAAUCGAAAAAGCAAGCCGAUAACACAGUCCAGGACUCCGAUACUAAAAUCAAGACGAAGAAGCGUGAGAUCACGGAGCACGAAGCGAACCUGGAGAAGGAAGAGAAGGUGCUCGAAGGGAUCCGGGAUAGCUUGAAGGACAAGACACAAGUCUUUCACGAACAGAUUGAGGCGAAGCAAAAAGAGCUACAGCCGUGGACUGCCAAGAUCAAUGUCAAACAAGCUGCGAUUGACGUAGCACGCUCUGAACGGGACGCACUUGCAAAGAAAGCUACAGGGCUCAAAGACGCUGUUACGCAAGCGGAGGGGCAGUUGGCUGAGUUGCAGGUAGAGCAAGAGGACAAGCUGAAUGAAUUAGAUUCCUUGAGGAUGAAAAAGGCAGAGGUGCAGAAGAAGUUGGGGACAUGUGAAGAAAAAUUCCACGCUGCUCAGGCUGGUGUUCAGGAGCUUCGAUCCAAGGCAGGCUCCCUGCGGCAAAAGGCAGAGGAGGCUAGAGCAUCUCAAGCAGCGAGCACAUCGCAGAACAAAGUCCUAGAUAGCUUAACGAAGCUCAAGCAGACUGGUCGGAUCGAUGGGUUCCAUGGCCGUCUCGGUAGCCUAGGCACGAUCCCAGACAAAUACGAUAUCGCAGUCUCUACCGCCUGUGGCGCCCUUAACAACAUGGUUGUAGACACUGUCGCCCAGGGUCAAGCAUGCAUCGAGUUUUUGCGCAAGCAGAACAUCGGGCGUGCAUCGUUCAUGGUGCUGGAGAAACUUCCCACUGACAAACUCAACGAGCGUGUGGUCACACCCGAAGGUGUCCCGCGGCUAUUCGAUCUCAUCAAGCCAAAGGAUCCCCGCUUUGCAUCUGCGUUCUACAAAGGCGUUGGGAACACCCUUGUCGCUGAUAAUUUGGACCAAGCGAACAGGAUUGCAUUCGGGAGCGCGAGGCGUUGGCGUGUUGUCACGCUUGCAGGGCAGCUGAUUGAUUCAUCAGGAACGAUGUCGGGUGGUGGGAACCACGUCUCGCGGGGUGGAAUGAGCUCGAAGCUCCAGGCGGAGGCAGUGAGCCCACAAGUUCUGAGAACCUAUGAGCAAGAGAGUGAGCAGGCGGCACGUAGUCUUGAGGCGGCACAGCAGGAGCUUCGCAAUAUUGAAGCAGAAGCCGAAAGGCUCACUCAGUCAGUCCCGGAAAUAGAGCUUAACAUCGAAAAGCUUACCAUGGGCAUCAAUAAUGGGAAGAAACGACUGACUGAUGCUGAGAGGCGUGUGCAGGAUUUCAAGGCACAAAGCAAGCCGAACGCUAAGGAUCUAGCUCGAAUCAACACUCUAGAUGCCCAGAUUGCAUCAUCAACAGAAGAGCUUGAAGAACUGCAAACCAAGACUGGCGCUAUCGAGGCCGCGAUUAAAGAUCUCGAAAAGAAGAUCCUCGAAAUUGGUGGCUCCAAGCUGCUGAAGCAGAAGUCGACCGUUGACGGUAUUCGCUUGCUGCACCAGCUAGCUAACGAAGAGGUCACCAAGGCUGAGGUUAUGAAGGCUACGGCAGAGAAGAACAUCGUGAAAUAUACGUCUAGCAUUGAGACCAACCGCGCAGCGCUGCAAGAAGUCGAGAAAGAGCUUGAAGAGUUGAAGGAUCAGCUGGCGGAGGUCGCACAGUAUUUGGAAGAUCUCAAGGAGAAGGUGGAGGCUGCGCAGGCUGCUCAGGAGAGCUCGAAAGAUGAUCUCGAUCAACUCAAGCAGCAACUCCAGGAAAAACGCGAGGAAAUCGAUGAGUUCAGGAAGAAAGAGCUUGAGAUCACCCAGAAGCUUGCUGACAAGAAGAAAGAGUCUGCUGAAAAUGAGCGUGUACUUGAUCACUGGCGGACGGAACACGACCAACUUAAGCUUCACGAAAUCGAUGAUGAUGAUGACGACGACGAAGAGGAAGGUGCUGAUCAAGUCGCUGGAGCUUCAGGCAGUGGUGAAGGGGUGGUGAAGCAGGAACAUGCAGACUCUGCACCUGCGAAAAAGGCUCGUCAGCGAUCACCAUCUACCGAGCUAUACAUAUACAGCGCCGAUGAACUUGCACGCUUCAAGAAGAGAGAUAUGCUUGCAGAUUCUGAGUAUCUUGAUGAGAAACUUAAGAAUACCAAUCCGAACCUCGACGUUCUCAAGGAGUACAAAAAGCGAGAAGAGGAAUUCAUGAAACGUGCCAAAGACUUAGAGGAGACGACUGCAGCACGCGAUGCGCAGAAGCAACUCUACGAUGGUCUACGGAAACAACGCUUGGAUGAAUUCAUGGCAGGCUUCAGCUUGAUUUCAUUGAAACUCAAGGAAAUGUACCAGAUGAUCACUCUUGGGGGCAAUGCAGAGCUUGAGCUUGUCGAUAGUAUGGAUCCCUUCUCGGAGGGCAUCAUUUUCAGCGUCAUGCCUCCGAAGAAGAGUUGGAAGAAUAUUUCAAAUCUCUCUGGGGGCGAAAAGACCCUUAGCUCGCUUGCUCUCGUAUUCGCUCUGCAUGUGUUUAAGCCCACACCACUUUAUUUCAUGGAUGAAAUAGAUGCGGCCCUAGACUUCAGGAAUGUCUCGAUUGUAGCAAAUUAUAUCAAGGACCGUACCAAGAACGCACAGUUCAUCAUUAUAUCUUUGAGGAAUGACAUGUUCGAGCUCAGUCACCGUCUCAUUGGUAUCUACAAGACUGCAAAUGCAACACAGAGUAUAUCCAUCGAUAACCACGCUCUCGCUCGUCGAGUCAUCAAGCCUGUGCCUGCGGCAGCCUGA